UAGUAGUCCUAAAUAUAGAGCUUUCCCAAAUUCAGACGUGGAAGACGAAAGUGGAAACCGCCAAAACUAUCAUUAUCGCAGAGACCUCAUCUUUCAACUUCCAUUCAUUAUUCUAUUUUCCGUUUCAAUCCAUUUUCAUACCCCAAAUCCCAUUUUUGUAGCAGCACUGUUCUGUUUCUUCAUCAUGGAAUCGAAUCAUACCAAGCAGACUCUGCAAACGGCUAUGGAGAAUGAACAGCAGCAUCUCUCCCUCUCUGAUUCAGAUUCUACUGAUUCUGAAACUGAUAAAGCUAUUAUUUUCUCUUCUCCAGCUCGUUUUCAUAGCGCCUCCGAUUCUGAUGAUUCCACUAAGUCCAAUACAGAUAAAGCUACUAAUCCUAAUUCUACUACUGCUAAUGCUAAUGGUGCUGUUAAUACAAAUUCUACGAAGGCGGAAUCUCAGCCGAGUUCAUCAAUUUCUUCCGACUCAAAUGAUUUUACUAAGUCCGGAACCGAUAAAGCUAGUGAGAGUAUUUAUACUACUGCUAUUGCUCAUCCUACCGUUAACAGAGAUUCUACUAAGGUAUCUUCCCCGCCGGUGGAAUCUCCGCCGAGAUCAUCAAUUUCCUCCGAUCAAAUUUCUCUUCCUCAUGAGUCCUUCACUCUGGAGGAUAAUAAGCAUUCUGCAGCUCCGACGGGGAGUCCACCGGAAAAACCUCCGAUACCGGAAGCGGUAGUGAAGAAGUUUAUCAAGGAGGAGCCACUGGCUUUGGUGAAAGCAGAUCUGUUUGUCGGAGAUGGUACAGCUAGUGUUAAGGAAGGUGAAGACAGCGGCAACCGUCGGCCGAGAGGAAUGCCACAGUUGUCAAUUUUAAGAAAAGUGAGGAGGGAUGAGAUGGUAAAGAAAGCGGGUUUAGGUUUUAGGAUUUUUGGGUUUUUGUUUUGUUUGGUUUCAUUUUCUGUUAUGGCAGCUGAUAGGAAUAAGGGUUGGGCUCUCGAUUCAUUCGAACGUUACAAGGAGUUCAGGUACUGUAUGUCAGUGAAUGUCAUAGGAUUUGUGUAUUCAGGAGCUCAGGCAUUUGAUUUAGCCUACCAAUCUGCCACCGGCAAGAACAUCGUGCAGCAUCAUUUGCGCUACAUGUUUGAUUUUGCCCUUGAUCAGGUGGUAACGUAUCUUCUGAUAUCAGCCUCAUCUUCUGCUGCCACUCGCAUUGAUGAUUGGCAGUCCAAUUGGGGCAAGGACAAGUUUCCUGAUAUGGCAAGCGCCUCUGUAGCAUUGUCCUUCCUUUCAUUUGCGGCUUUGGCCUUCAGCUCACUCAUAUCUGGCUAUGUACUAUGCAAUUCCAGAUCAACGUAGUCGUGUGCCAUGUUUGGUUCUAUUUGUGUGUCAUCAUCCUUUAAAGUUGCAUAUAAUUGUAUGAUAUGAAAAAUCAGUUGGAGGUUGUUCAGGUGAAACUAAGGUUUCUUGAAUUAAUUAUGUUGUAAUGCUCCGUGAACAAGCUUUAGGAUGAUAUUAUAUAUGUGUUGCACAGUUUUCUGCUCUUGUUA